GAGCUCUAAAAGGAUAUUUGGAGACCCAAAUGGACACAUGCUGCCUGCAGAUGUGCUGAGGCUGAAGGAGCGUUUUGCCGUCACCAGGAGAGAGCUGGCGGUGCAUCUCACUACACCUGAUGUUGCCCACAUCAGACAGAGCUGUGACACUAAGGUGCAGCAGUUGAUGAAAGCAGCGAGGAGUGGUACCAGGGACGGUUUAGAAAAGACCAAGUUAGCCAUGAUUCGCAAAGUGUCAUUCCUGCAGAGAAAAGACUCCACAGGUGAGGGAAAGGAUGAUGCAGGUUACCUGGAUGUGUCUGUGUGUGAGUUGAAGCACCCUCCACCACAGCUGUGCCCCAUGCCAGAGGGGCUCAGCAGUCAGCAGGUGGUCAGACGUCUCAUCCUCACCUCCAUUGUGCAGAGUGAAAGCAACUACCUGGACUCUCUCAAGAGAAUCCUCCAGGUGAGUCACGUCCCUCCUCAGGUAACAGGAAGUCACUUUGUUUCUAUGGGAGAGAGUGAGAGUGGAACAUAUUUAUGGUCUGUGUUCACUGUUGUGUUGAGAAGAUCAUAACACCAGAGCAUCAGUGGUGACGGAGCAAUUCUGUGGCUCUUCACUUUAUGACCCAUCUCUGCGUUCUGUUUUCCGCUCGCAUUACCAUUGUUAUGCCGAUGACACCCAGCUGGUCUUGUCAUUUCCCCCCGGUGACACUCAAG